AUGGAGAGUACUUCAAUCUUUAUUCCAGAUGAAAUAAUUUAUGAGAGUUUGAAAGAAUGGAGAUUUAGUUUGGUCGGUAGACUGGAUUUAGUACAUCUAAAAUUUUCAUUAGCUGAAUCAGUUCUGAGAAAACAAUGGAAGAGAAAAGGGAGUAUUCAACUUAUACCAAUUGGUAAAGGUUUUUUCAUAAUCAAGUUGGAUAAUGAAGAUGAUAUGAAAUUAAUAUAUGAAGGUCAUUGGGAGGUAGAAAAUCAAAUCCUAAGUCUCAGAUAUUGGGAGAAGGAUUUUAGACCGGAAUUUCAAAAAAAUUCUUGUGCUUAUGUAUGGGUAACAUUUCCCGGGCUAAGUAUUGAUUAUUGGAAGGAGAGUAUUUUAAUGGCUAUAGGAAAAUCGUUUGGAAGACCAAUUCGAAUUGAUGAAACUACUAUGAAAAAACAAGCUGGAUUUUAUGCAAGUAUUCUAGUUGAAAUUGAUCUUGCAAAAACUAUACCUAAUAAAGUAUGGGUUGAAUCCAAGUAUGGAAAAUUUGAGCAGGAAUUAUGUUUUGUUAAGCUUCCCAAAUACUGUAAUCAUUGUAAGGUUGUUGGCCAUUAUGUUGCAGAAUGUAGAAUCAAAAGGAAGGAACAUAACUUGAUGAAUGAUAAUCCGUUGAAGCAACAAAAGUGGAAAUAUGUUCCAAAAAGAGUUAAUCAGGAAAAUUCUGUUAAAUUUGAUAUAUGUUUACCUGAUAAUUCUAAUGCUGAAUCAAGUGCUAAUCAGGAGAGUUGUAGAAUUCCUGAGAAGAUCAUUCAAACUCCUAAAAAGGAUAAUGGUUUUGUUGGUGUUUUAAAUUCACCUUUGGAGUUUCCUUUGUUAUCUGUGGUAGUAGCUGAUGAAGAGGGUACUAUUCAAGCUCUGAAAAAUUCUGUAGCGGUAGAAGUUGGUGAAGAAGUUAAUAUACAAGCUCUGACAAAUAUUAAUUCUGAAGUUGGUAAUUUAGAAGUAUGGAAAGAAGUUGAACCUAAAGUAAGAGUUUCAAGUGGUUUUAUAAAGCAGUUAAGAUUACCUGGUAUGAGCAGCAUGAUAAUACAUAAUUCUUGUGGAAACAUAAAAGUAAAUAUAUGGGUUUUUUUGAAUAAUUCUUUAGCUACUCCAACUAUAAUUUCUAACACAAAACAGGCUAUAACAAUACAAGUUGGUGAAGUGCUAGUUACUGAAAUUCAUGCAGCAUGUGUUACUAUUGAUAGAAGAAUUUUAUGGGAAGAGCUAUUACUGAUAAAUUAUAUGAAGAUGCCCUGGCUUAUAAUUGGUGAUUUCAAUGUUGUUCUUACUUGUGAAGAAAAAAGGCGGGAGAAGUCCCCUAAGAAUAUCUAUGAAGGAGUUUAG